UCUGAUUGAGAUAGAAUUAAGUGAUUUGGACGUGUACAACGAAGAUGGGAAAUGAAGCUGUUUGAUAGGUUGAUGAAAUUAGGUUAGAAAGUUUAUGAAGCAGAAUAGUAGAUGUAAGAUAAUAUGGAUUGAAACUGUUCAAAAAUUAUUUUCACCUAAAUGAUUGGGACGUGGCAAUGAUGCUGUAAAUGAUAUCUUUUGACCGUUGAUUUCUUUAUUGUUUUUCCCUUUUCUCUUUUUGACUUUUAAAUUUUGUUGUUUUGGAUUUUUGGUUUACAGAUAGAUAUUUGUAGGCAUAUUAGUGGAGAAAAGAUGGCUGUGGAAGACAGUGGAGCUGAAGUGGUUGCUCUCAAUAAGGCAAAGGAGCUACCGGAGCCAAAACCUAAUGCUAGGGAGGCAGAAGAUAAGGAGACUGAACUCAAUUCUAACUAUCAGGCUUAUCCUGAAGCACUUGCUAGUUACCAAGAUGUUGUUGAGAGUAAAAGUUUAUUCAUGGAAUCACUUGAGAAGUUGCAUCGUGAAAUGACAACCAAGUUUAUGAUCCCCACCAUUGGAGGGAAGGAGCUUGAUCUACAUCAACUAUUCUUGGAGGUUACAUCUCGAGGUGGUAUUGAGAAGGUAUCACAGAAAAAUCAUUGAAAACUGCACAAUGUAUAAUUUGUGUGAUCACUGUUUAAUAUACACUAUUUUG